ACCGGAAGUCGUGUCACUAAACUCUCGAGUGAUUCAUCUUCUUACACAUAAACGAUCUUCACUGCAACUCUUCUGACAGCUAGCGAGCAACUCCGCGGCGCCCCAAACAAGCCUGCAGACAGUGACACUUCACUGCAGUAACUCAUGUGAAAAUCCACCCAACAACAGAAGAAAGCUGCAUUUCAUUGAGUUUUGGGCCACUAAGGCUGCCUUCCUACAGAGCUGGGCGGACAGAAGAGGGAAGGGGAGAGCUUUAACCCUGGUCUCCCCAGCCGAUUCUGAGUAAACGAGCCAGUCAUGGAUGACCGCUCCUCUCUGGGAAAAGUCAGCAGCUCUACAGAGUCCGUGGCCACCGUCACUAGUGAGGAGUUUGUUCUUGUACAGCCCAGUGCUGCCGGGUCACCACAAGGCUCUGGCGGCAAACCGAGGCUCAAGAUGUCUUUGGACGGGAGUGAUCAGCUGGAGAAAGCUAUGGAGGAGGUGUUGGAUGAUGACGAUGAGGUGAAGGUGGAGAAGAGUAAUGUCGAAAAGAUGGAGAAGCACAGCAACCCAGAGCCUCGAGUCCUGGAGCAGCAACCUGCAGAAGCAUGUCCAGCACCACCCAGCCCCACAGUGCUAGAGGAGGACAGUGUCCAGUUCAACAAGCUCUCCUACCUGGGCUGCACGUGGGUCAAAGCCCCUCGCAACGAGGCGGAGGCACAGAGGGCCAUGGCCACCCUGCGGGCUGAAAGUGCCAUCCCCAUCCCCAUCACCCUGCACGUCCCCUGUGGAACAGAUGGCUCUGUCAGGAUUGUGGACCAGGCCUCAGGUACUGAGAUCGCCUCAUUUCCCAUCUACAAGGUGUUGUUCUGUGCUCGUGGACAGGAGGGUUCAGUGGAAAGCGAUUGUUUCUCCUUCACCGAGAGUUACCGGAGCUCUGAGGACUUCCAGAUUCACGUCUUCUCCUGCCACAUCAAGGAGGCUGUCAGUCGUAUCCUGUACAGUUUUUCCACAGCCUUUCGGCGUUCUUCUCGGCCUGCAGACAUCAGGGACACAGCACUGUCCAGUCCGCCUGACAGCGACCUCUAUACCUUCACUGUCACACUGGAGAUAAAAGAGGACGAUGGCAAGGGCAACUACAGUCCAGUGCCCAAGGACAGAGAUAAGUUCUACUUCAAGCUGCGACAGAGUGUUCAGAAGAAAGUUGUGGUUUCAGUUCAACAAAUGUGCAACAAGGAGCUGGGCAUUGAAAGGUGCUUUGGGAUGCUGCUGAGUCCAGGACAGAAAGUGUGCAACAGCGACAUGCAUCUGCUUGACAUGGAAUCAAUGGGGAAGAGCUCUGAUGGGAAGGCCUAUGUGAUCACAGGAACAUGGAACCCCAACAUGCCGGCCUUUCAACCAUUGAAUGAAGACACACCUAAAGAUAAGCAGGUCUAUAUUACAGUUGCAGCAGACCUUGUAGUCACCGAGGUGGUGGAGCCAGUCCGCUUCCUGCUGGAAACUCUGGUCAGGGUAUAUCCAUCAAACGAACGCUUCUGGUACUUCAGCCGCAAGACCUUCAGUGAGACCUUCUACCUCAGACUCAGACAGCAGGCACCAGAGAGGAUGGGUCAGAGUGAUGCUGUGUAUGAGGUGGUGAGUCUUCAGAGGGAGGCAGAGAGAAGCAAUGAAGAAAGAGCACGACAAGCCACGCCCCCUGAGGAAGAAGAGGCUGAUGAAGACAGCGACAGUGAAAUCUCCAGUGGGACAGGAGACGUUUCUAAAGACUGUCCUGAGAAAAUCCUGGAGUCCUGGGGAGGAAUCCUCAACAGAUGGCAUGGGAACCUGUCCACUCGUCCAAAGGGUUUGCCCUCGUUGGUUCGCAGUGGCAUUCCUGAGCCACUCAGAGCUGAAGUCUGGCAGCUGCUGGCCGGUUGCCACGACAACCAUGACCUGCUUGAGCACUACCGCAUCCUCAUCACCAAGGACUCAGCUCAGGAAGGUGUCAUCACCCGGGACAUCCACCGCACCUUCCCUGCACAUGACUACUUUAAGGACUCUGACGGAGAUGGACAGGACUCACUGUACAAGAUCUGCAAGGCCUACUCUGUCUAUGAUGAGGAAAUUGGUUAUUGCCAGGGUCAGUCGUUCCUCGCUGCUGUUCUCCUGCUGCACAUGCCCGAGGAACAGGCCUUCUGUGUCUUGGUGAAAAUCAUGUACGAGUACGGCCUCAGAGCUCUCUACAAAAACAACUUUGAGGAUCUUCACUGCAAGUUCUACCAGCUGGAGAGGCUGAUGCAGGAACAGCUUCCAGACCUGUGGUCCCACUUCCAGGAGCUGAACCUGGAGGCACACAUGUAUGCCUCCCAGUGGUUCCUUACACUCUUUACUGCAAAGUUUCCCCUGUGCAUGGUGUUCCACAUCACUGACCUGCUGCUCUGUGAGGGUCUGAACAUCAUCUUCAAUGUUGCCCUGGCCCUGCUCAAGACAUCUAAAGAGGACCUCUUACAGGCGGACUUUGAAGGGGCUCUCAAGUUCUUCAGAGUCCAGCUCCCUAAGCGUUACAGAGCUGCUGAGAAUGCCCGAAGGCUUAUGGAGCAGGCCUGCAACAUCAAGGUUCCAACCAAAAAGCUGAAGAAGUUUGAGAAGGAAUAUCAGACACUGAGAGAGAGCCAGCUGCAACAAGAGGACCCCAUAGACCGAUACCAGAGGGAGAACCGUCGUCUACAGGAAGCCAGUAUGCGACUGGAACAGGAGAAUGAUGACUUGGCCCACGAACUGGUGACCAGUAAGAUUGCUCUUCGGAACGACCUUGACCAGGCAGAAGACAAGGCCGAUGUUUUAAACAAAGAGCUGCUGAGCACUAAGCAACGUCUGGUGGAGACGGAGGAGGAAAAGAGACGACAGGAAGAGGAGACGGCUCAGCUGAAGGAAGUGUUCAGGAGGGAGCUAGAAAAAGCAGAGCUGGAAAUCAAGAAAACCACGGCGAUCAUAGCUGAAUACAAACAGAUCUGCUCCCAGCUGAGCACCAGGCUGGAGAAACAGCAGGCAGCAACAAAAGAAGAGCUAGACAUCGUCAGGAGUAAAGUCAUGGGCUGCGACCACUGCAGGGACCUGUUCAGCACCCUGGGAUCCCUCCAGGCGUCGUCCCCCGGCAGAGACAAGACAUCCACCGAGCCACUGGAUGAGGAGAAAGACGGACUAAAGGAGCAGCUGAGGCAGCUGGAGCUGGAGUUGGCACAAACUAAACUACAGCUAGUGGAGGCCAAGUGCCGCAUCCAGGAGCUCGAGCACCAGCGGGGAGUCCUGAUGAACGAGAUCCAGGCGGCCAAGAACUCUUGGCUCAGCAAAACCUUGGGCUCCCUAAAGAGCUCUGCCUCCUCUUCCUCCAGCUCCACGUCCCAGACCCCGUCCUCUCCAAAGGAGGGCCCUGCCUAGAUGACCAUCCCUCCACUUGUCUGUCCACUGCAGGAUGCACACUAGAGCUGAGGAACACAAGCCGAAGGAACAAAGAGUGGAGAAAUGCAGUAUUCCUUUUUUCAGCCGGUGGCAAAGCAGAGCUCAGCAGCUUCUUGGACUGCAAACAACUGAAAAGAUGAGGGAAGAAACAGGCGGAGGACUGGACCUGCCACCUGUCUUUUGCUUAAUGUUUACGUUUGAGUGAAAUAAAGUGUCUGUUGACCUUCUCUGCUUCACAGGUGAGGAGACAGGUGAAGGUGAAUCAUCUGUGAGGCUUAAAGCUGAUUUAAAGUUCAGUGUUCGAUGCUGACACUGUUUUGUUGAGUUAACUCUCAUUAUAAGAAAGAUUAGUUAACGAACACAAUGGCAUCCCUCAUGUAGGCAGAUAAUCUAGUUCCACCUUGUGGCCAGACAUUGCUACUGCAGAGUUAUAGUCCUUUUAGCUGAGAAUUAAACCUGUGUUCAGUCUCUAAGUUUGAACAAUAUUUUCAAUGAUAGUGAUAGAGCUACAGCUGCAGAGAUACUAUAUGUUUACUGCAUAGGAAUAUAUUCAUAUACAUUAAACAUCUUCAGCACAAAAAAGCCACAGCACUCUGAAAAAAGGAAUACUGCAUUCAGAGUCUUAAACGAGAACAACACAGAAAGUUGUAUUUCUUUAUAGUAAUAUAACGUAAACAAUGUUGUCAUAUAAAUAUGUAUAACUAAUUAUUGAUUUUUGUAAUAAUCAUGUACAGUUCUUUAAGAGAAGAAAAAAAACACAAGGAAAAGUUUUUUUUUUACUGUUUGGAAUUUGAAUGUCAACUCUCUAGAUGUUGACGUAAGCACAGUGUGUGAUCGAUCGGGUUGAGUCCAAACGCUGAAGAGCUGAAGUGACAACCCGCAGAUUAAUGUUGUUAAUAUCCCACCUGUUUGUUCCAUCAUGGGUUGAACUGACUCAAGAUGUCCAGAAUUACUCUUUACUCUUUAAUUUGCUUUUUUAAUCCCAGUUCCAGCUCAUGCCUGUAGGUGUUUUAUUGCCGUUUUUAUUUUUUGUGUCACUGCAUACAUAUUUUUAUCAUGCAGCCAUUAUUUUACACAGCUGUGAUCACAACAAAAAUUGACUCUUUUCCAUUUCUGUGUUGAUUCAGUCAUUUUUAUACCAUCAUUGUGAUACUUUAUUCAGUCAGUUUUUACUACUUUUCAGUUGGAAUAGGUACAAGGUGUUGUACAUAUUUUUGUUUUAGUUUUUUUAAUCUGUCCCUGUUAAUUCCAUCUCUGGUGUCUGAAAACAGUUGUUAUAGAUGCAGAUAUCAGGACUUGUGUUCCUCUUUAAGAAGAAGCCAUAUUCUUGAAUGUGUUCUUUUACACACCGAAAAGAGCCAGUUAAUCCAUCACAGUGUAUCUGUGUAUCUGUUAUGUAAUGCUAUGUAGACAACACCCAUUGCCUACAUAGCACUCACCCGUUCACACCUGUUUCACUGUAAAUACCACAGUCAGCACAUUAAAUUAAGUAAUCUAAUAAUACAGUGUAGGCUCUAAAGUAUCUGUUACAUGUCACAAUUCAUCCCUAAAUAUACACCUAGCAUAACAUUAAUAAGCAAGAUUAAGUUGCAAUAUUCCCCCAUCAUUGCCAAACAAUCUUAAGGUCAUUUCCGCAGCUGUGCCAACACCUUCUUUGCCCUUUGUCGUGUUCAGACAAUUCCCUUUUUUAUAAUUUUUUUACGCAAUGACCACAGCAAGUAGAUACAUUAAUCUUCACUGUGUCAGAGGUGGACUGUUGGCUGUGUUGCUCAGGGCUCACUGUAUAACUUAAAUCUUAAAUGGCGUGAAGGUAAACAACUUCUAAGACAUCAUACGUAUUCCGUUACAAGUUGCUACAGGAUGUGUAAGAAACACAGUCAGUGGAGGAGACCAGGAUAAUUUUGUAGUCUGUGUUCUGAGUUGAUACAUUUAGCCAAAAAAUUCUGUAUUUUGCUUUAACAUGAAUGCAUGUUAGUGCUGUGUUAGCAGGCAGAGAGCUGCAGUGUAGGUGCCAAAUGUCUCAUUCUAUUCUUCGUUCUGGUUGUCACUUAAAUCAGCAUUUGGACUCUGACCAAACCCAUGUGUACUUGUUUGUGUGUGUGAGUGAGUAUGUGUGUGUGUGUUUCUGGAUGUUUGUAUGUUAAGUGUGUGUUCUGCACUGUAACUCAAGUGGUUGAAGUUGAAAUGGCUUCUUCUUCACGUGGCUGCCUUUUCUGUUGAUGACUGAAUCCUGUUGGCUGACGAGAAGAAAGCCAUCUGACUGUUUGAAAUGUCGGAGAGCAUCAGCUGUGCCAUAAGAGCCUCUCCUCUGCUCCGUCCCCAGUGGUCUUCCUCUGUGCUCUCAAUGACCUGAACCCAAUUCACCAAAAACCAUGUCAUCUGAUCUUCAAGACAGAUCUGCUGAGUAUCUUUUUCAGCAGCCUGUUUCACACAUUUCCGCCCGGAGCAUUCCAGUACGACCACUGUCCUCUUGCUGGUGGCCACUGAGCAGCUCCACUGGAGAAAAUACGUUAAUAUCACGGGAAGGGAGAAAAAGGAAGCUGACCGCCUGAAUAUAAUUGAAUUCCAGGUGUGUUUUGCAUUUCCAGGACAUUCCUCUUGCACUAUCGUGCAUCAUUCUUGCUGGUCACGUGUGACAGUUAUAAAGUUAAACAACCAGUUCAAUAUAAACUGUGGCCAAGUUGGAGAAAGCUCCUUGUCUUUUAUGUGCACUAAAGCAACGUUGAUAUUUUAAACACUAUUUCAAGAUGUGUGUUUGUUUGUUUAAAGUUAUCCUGAUCACAGAGCAUAAUUAUU